CGUGCGUGCCAGAACCUCGAACGUAGAGCUCAAAGAACCAUUAGAACCAAUACCAAGUGAAGUCUAUUUGCAGUGAAGUAUUCGACUUAAUCGAUAUUUGCAACAUGUUGUCCAUGCACGAACUAAUGGAUAUGCAAAUGCAACAGCAGUUGGCCCAUGAGAUAUACCGUCAACAGAUCAUGCAACGCAUACCGGAUCCCUUUCCGGCGAUGCUCCCCAUGCACAUGGCGCAGCCGCAGCAAAUUAUGAUGCCCAGACGGCCGACGUUGCCGGGCGUGGAUGCUAAGCUGGAGAAUAACGAAUUGUGGCAGCAGUUCCAUCAGAUUGGCACCGAAAUGAUCAUCACCAAGAGCGGCAGACGCAUGUUUCCAUCGAUGCGUGUUUCGUUGAGCGGGCUGGAGGAGGAUACCAGCUACUGCGUCCUGCUUGAAAUGGUGCCCAUUGGCGACUGUCGCUACAAGUUCUCCGGCUCCCAAUGGGUGCCAGCUGGCGGCGCCGAACCACAGAGUCCACAGCGCAUGUAUCUGCAUCCGGAUAGCCCGGCAACGGGCGCCCACUGGCAAUCGCAGGCGCUGCUCUUCAACAAGGUUAAAUUGACGAACAACACACUCGACAGCAAUGGACAUAUUGUGCUCGCCAGCAUGCAUAAGUAUCAGCCACGUCUCCAUGUCAUCCGUAGCAGCGAGCUCACCCAACUGCCGUGGGCGCCGCAGCAGGCAUUCGUCUUUCCGGAAACGGAGUUUGUCGCAGUAACUGCCUAUCAGAACGAUCGCAUUACUAAGCUAAAGAUUGACAACAAUCCAUUUGCCAAGGGCUUCCGCGAGUCCGGCCAGUCGCGCUGCAAGCGUAAGCUAAACAGCAGCUCUAACUCCACUGCAGACUCCGAAGAUGAUGGCUCCAGCGUGAGCAGCUGCGAUUCGCCCCAAGCAAAGCGUCAGCGUUCGGACUUUGAACUGGACUCGCAGCGUAGUUUGUCUCCGGAAUACUAUCCGGCUGCUACUACUUCUGCUGCAGGGCCAGCCCUAAGUCCAUCCUUACAUUCGUAUCGACAUGCGCUUGGUUAUGCGCCUGGAGCAGCUUUCAUACAAGCGGCUUACUUUGCAGCAGCACCUCCAAUGCCAUCGCCUGCAUUUGCGCCAACACCAGUGACGACUCCUGCGGCAACUGCGACAGCAGCUGCAACUUCCACUUCAUCCACGCCUCCGCCGGCUGCUAGCAUUCCAACAAGCUCGCCGCGUGCAACAACUUCGACGAAACGCAAUAGUUUCAGCAUUUCUGCUAUUUUGGCCUAUUAAACGCAGCCAGGAUGAUGUCGCCCCCAUUUAAGCUUUUGUUGUGAUUACAGUGUGCAGUAUAUGAGCCUUAAGUUGUAAUAUGUUAAUUAGUUUUAAGCCCAGCUUACAAAUAAAGCAAAAUUCCA